AGGACCAGGCUCCGCCCUCGAGGCGCGCCAACGGUUUGCCCCUUCCCCGCGUUCUUCGAGACCUGAAACGUCGGCAUCGUAAGCUGAGGUGGCGCGGCCCGGGAGGCAUGGAGCUGCCGCAGAUGCCGGAGCUGAUGGGGCUGUCCCUCCUGGUGGGGCUGCUGGCCCUAAUGGCGACGGCGGCGGUGGCGCGAGGCUGGCUGCGGGCGGAGGAGGACAAGAUCAGCAAGCCUCUCUGCCAAAAAGCAAAUGAAUGCAAGAAGUCAGGAUCCAAGAAACAGAAACAGAAUCAGCGGAUUCGCAAGGAGAAGCCUCAACAGCACAACUUUACCCACCGCCUUCUGGCUGCAGCAUUAAAGAGUCACAGUGGAAACAUAUCUUGCAUGGACUUCAGUAGCAAUGGGAAGUAUCUGGCUACCUGUGCAGAUGACCGCACUGUCCGCAUCUGGAGCACCAAAGACUUCUUGCAGCGGGAGCAUCGCAGCAUGAGAGCCAAUGUGGAGCUGGACCAUGCCACCUUGGUGCGCUUCAGCCCUGACUGCAGAGCCUUCAUUGUAUGGCUGGCCAGUGGAGACACCCUCCGUGUCUUCAAGAUGACCAAGCGUGAAGAUGGGGGCUUCACUUUCACAGCCACCCCAGAGGACUUCCCUAAAAAGCACAAGGCACCUGUCAUCAACAUUGGCAUUGCUGAUACAGGGAAGUUCAUCAUGACAGCCUCCAGUGACACAACUGUCCUCAUCUGGAAUCUGAAGGGCCACGUGUUGUCCACCAUCAACACCAACCAGAUGAACAACACCUAUGCUGCCAUCUCCCCGUGCAGCCGGUUUGUGGGCUCGUGUGGCUUCACCCCAGAUGUGAAGGUAUGGGAAGUCUGCUUUGGGAAGAAGGGAGAGUUCCAGGAGGUGGCACGAGCCUUUGAACUGAAGGGUCACUCUGCAGCUGUGCACUCCUUUGCAUUCUCCAGUGAUGCUCGGAGGAUGGCUUCUGUUUCCAAAGAUGGCACAUGGAAGCUGUGGGACACAGAUGUAGAAUACAAGAAGCAGCAGGACCCCUACUUACUGAGGACUGGCCUCUUUGAAGAGGCAAGUACCAUGCCCUGCCGCCUGGCACUCUCCCCUGACACUCAUGUCUUGGCCUUGGCCAGCGGCACGAGUAUUCAUGUCUUCAACACACGGCGUGGGGAGAAGGAAGAAUGUUUCAAACAUGUCCAUGGGGAGUGUAUCACUGACUUGACUUUUGACAUCACUGGCCGCUUCCUGGCCUCCUGUGGGGACCGUGCAGUGCGACUCUUUCACAAUACCCCUGGCCACCGGGCUGUGGUGGAGGAGAUGCAGAGCCUCAUGAAGCGUGCCUCCAGUGAGAGCACCCGCCAGAGGCUACAGCAGCAACUCAACCAGGCCCAGGAGGCCCUGAAGAGCCUGGGCUCCCUGAAGAAGUGACUCUUGCCUGGGAUGGGUCUGAUGGUGGCCACUUUUUUCCCCAGGUACCCCCAGGGUGGAGACCUCAGAAAGAUAACCCCCCUCCUUUUUUUCCUUCUGGUGGCCCCCCAUUUUCUUUUUACCAUUGAAACUAUUCUGGCAUACAUAGCUCUCGCUCUUGGCUUGUGCUCUCUGUCUCUCUCUGUCUCUCUCUUGUUUCUCUCUUCUUAAUUCCUCCCAGACUGAAAAGGUGCUGUUUUCUCACAGCCCAGAGAGGUGGAAUCUAUCUUCAUCCAGCACUAAGAGGGGUGGGAGGGAAGGGAGGGAGGAAAAAGGAGGGAGAGAGAGAGAGACAGAGUGAGAGAGGUUUUUGACUAUGUGGCAACAUGCUAUGAUGCCCAAAGAAGUUUUUGAGUAUAGAGGCAAAAUUUUACUGAGAGACACUAGAGAAUGCUGUGGCUGUUUCACAAGGGUGUAGAAUCCUACCUGGGCCUGUGAUGCAAGGCAAAGGCAGGAGGAUCAGGAAUUCAAGGGCAGUCGGCUACAUAGUCAGUUCUGGGUCCUCCUGGGCUCCCUAUGGAGAGAGACCUGGUCUCAAAAUAAGGGAUUUUAUCCCAGGCUUUAGUUUUCUUACUUGUAAAAAGGGGAAAGAUGUUCUCUGGCCUCCCUGCAAAAGUUAGGUGAAGUUAAGCAUGUUACAAAGUUCCCGUGAAUGGAGAAGGAACGUGAAAGAAUAGCAGUGCUGUUCAGUAUCACUAACUACUGGGGGAAAAUAAGAAUCAAACGUGGUCUGCAACCAAAUAGGAAAGAACCACAGUCCUUGGGAAGGCCAAGUUUUCUACGACUUAGAUCAGGCAGUUCAUCUCACUGUCUUGAAGAGAAAAAAAAUGUGGUCUCAAUAUGGCGCUCCUUUCUCUGCUGGGGACCUCAUGGGCUCAUCACUGGAGUGCCUGUUCUGUACUAGCUGUGGAUUAGCUGGUGAUGCUGGUCUGCUGCCAAAAAUGAAGGUAGAUGGGAAGGAGCCAGAUGCAUGUGUCUCUGAAGUGCAUUUUGUUCAUUCAGAGCUGCAGGGGAUCCAGUAAACAGGAGAGAGCAUUGAACUCAGGAUAGACAGUGGGGACAAAGUGGGACACACCCAGCAAGGGACUAGAGCUUCAGACAUGGGAAUUUAAGGGCUACUUGGAUCCAGGAUAUAGGGAAAAAGUCAGGGAUCUAGGAAGACUUGAACCUAGGCAAAAUGUAUCCAUCCUAGUUGGUCUUGAUCUCAUUUCUUGUUGUCAUCAUCCCCUCCUUCUACCACCACUGUUCCAACCUGGUGACCUGCCAAGUCUACUGCCUCCAUCUCUUCUGUUACAAUCCUGGUUCUAGCCACUGUCGCAUACCAUGUAGAUUCAUAAUCCAGAUGCACAGAUCUGUCUUAUUUCCAUGUCUGUCAACGUUACUUCACAAGUAACUGUUGUACAUAGUAGAGCCAUCUUUUGAAAAUAGAAGAGAGAUCACAUCAUUCUCUAAUUACAACCCUUCGGAGGCCUCCCUCUGCUAUUACAAUGAAAGCCCAAACUCUCAUUGUGUCCUGCAUAGUACCAUGCAAUCUUAAACCUCUCCUUCUGUGAUCCUUUAUGAUGGCACCACAUUCUUGCUGUCUUUUUUACUGACCCAAGCUGUUCAGAGGCUCCAAGCAGCCCCAGGUGUGGUCUGGUCCCUCUUGCGUGCUACAAGCAUUUUUCCUUUCUGUUGGCAGACUUGUUGAUGCCGUUCAGUCUUUUUUGUUUUUUUGACUCCAAAGAGUUUCCUCCUUAACCACUCCAUCUGAAGUAGCCCUUACCACCAGUCCUGUGGUAUCUGUGGCAUUAGCUCUUUUUCUUUUGUGUGACUUAACACCUUCUGAAAUCAUCUUGUUUGGAUACGUGUUUGCUUCACGUGAGUAGCAAAUAUGAGAAUCGAGCCAGUCACCUGGGUAUGAGACAGAGGACAUGGUAGAGAUUGCAGUGGUCUGGUGGGCAUAUGUCCUGGGUGCAUGACACGUGGUGGGGUCUACUUAUUCAAGAAUGCAGCCAAGCUGCCAGUUUAAGAAGCUGGGUAUGAGUACCUACCUUACUUUGAAAGAAAGGUACAAGGGAACCACGCCUAGCACUGACAUGAGGCAGUUGAACCUUACCAGUCUCGCUGGCACUUAAGGAUCCUUUUUGCAGUCCUGGGGUUGGAACCUAGAACUUCAUGUGGGCUAGGGAAUAGCUCUACCACUGAGCUACACCCCCAGCUCCACACUGGGGGAUUCUAGGCAGGUGCUCUACCACUGAGCCAUGCUUCCAACACCAGUUUGUGGAUUGCUGAAGAACCCACUGGAACAUGAGCUUCACAAAGGCAGAAUCUAUGUUUGUCUGCCUUGUUCUGGGUCCCAAGUCAGGUAGCUGGGACAGACUAAGCUCUCCACCAGAACUCAGACUAGGAGCAAUUGACAGGAAUUCUGGUAUUUUUUUGGUUACUUGCACUCUGAUCUCCAUUGUGGAUUUGGGUUUCUGAUCAUGGAGCAUCAGACUCAUCAACGCUGUGCACUUUGGGCCUGGAGAAUGUCUGCUUUGGUUGUCAGAAGCAGCAGCUGAAAACAUUUUCUUUGAAAGCAUUUGUAGCUGUUGUUGGGGUUUUUGUUUGUUUUGUUUUGUUUUUUGACAGAGUCUAGAAGUCAGUUUGUAGACCAGGCUGGCCUCAAUCUCAGAGAUUCACCUGCCUAUGCCUCCUGAGGACUGGGAUUAAAGGCGUGUGCCACCAUGCCCAACAUGCAUUCCUGUUUUGAGAAAUAGCUCUUGCUUGCUGCUGUGGAGGAGAGGCAGGUCACCUGAGAAUGUUGAGCCACUGAAGUCAGAAGUCUGUUCCAUAUCAGCCAAGUCAUUUACUGACCUGAGGCCUGGAGUGGGGAGAUCAUUGAGGUUGACUAGGUUUAUUUCCUCAUCUGUAAAAUGAGAAUAAAUCUUGUCCUACCCAC